CACAAAACAGUCAACAAUCAACAUGUCCUCUUCACUUAUUCUACUUCACACUAAUCAAUCAAACCCUGGCCAUGUCACUCUCUCUAAGGCUCACUCCUUUCACUUCACCACCACAAACCCACCGCAAAUUCCCCUACUUUUCUCCCAAACCACAUUUUAAAAACCUUUCUGUACUCUCUCCAAGUCUAAGAUGUCCACCCAUUAUCAGAAGUGUCCAUCAAAGCCCUGAACUUUUGCCUGUAACUCCACCAAAACCACCCAGAUGGGAAAGAAUUUUGUCCACUGCAGCAAGCUUGUACCCUCUUUAUGUUACUGUUGGAGGAGUUGUUGCCUGCUUGAAACCUUCUACUUUUGGUUGGUUUGUUCAGAGAGGACCGACUUCUUACAGCUUGUCUCUUGGGUUGAUUAUGUUGGCAAUGGGACUCACUUUGGAGCUUAAAGAUUUGAUCAGGUUGUUCAUGCAAAGACCUCUCUCUAUACUCUUUGGGUUUGCUGCCCAAUAUACAAUUAUGCCAGCUUUUGGAGUUAUAAUUAGUAAAACCUUGGGGCUUCCACCGUCACUUUCAGUUGGUUUGAUUCUGCUCUCAUGUUGUCCAGGUGGUACUGCCUCCAAUGUGGUGACCUUAAUUGCUCAAGGGGAUGUUCCACUAUCUAUUGUAAUGACAAUGUGCACUACACUUGGAGCUGUACUUCUCACUCCUCUUUUGACAAAAAUCCUGGCAGGAACAUAUGUUCCGAUCGAUGCUGUUAAACUUUCCAUCAGCACCUUGCAGGUGGUCGUUGCUCCAGUUCUACUAGGUUCAUAUAUGCAGAGCACAUUUCCUUAUGCAGUGAAGGUUUUGACACCUUUCGCCCCAUUAUUUGCUGUUUUAGCUUCAUCAUUGCUAGCAUGCAUUGUAUUCUCUGAAAACGUGGUUCGUCUCAAAUCCUCAGUGGUAGCUGCUUCAUUGUCAUCUGAUCUAUCUCCAAUUUUCUGCAUUCAUUCUUUAUUGUCUGGAGAGCUAGGAGUUGUAAUGCUCUCUGUAGUGCUGUUGCAUUUUACCGGUUUCUUUGUGGGGUAUCUUGCUGCAGCUGUGGGCGGAUUCAAAGAACAGCAAAGACGAGCAAUAUCAAUUGAGGUCGGCAUGCAAAAUUCUUCCUUGGGUGUGGUUUUAGCAACUGCUCAUUUCACUUCAUCAAUGGUUGCGUUGCCCCCAGCCAUGUCUGCGGUGAUUAUGAACAUCAUGGGCAGUUGUUUGGGAUUCAUUUGGAGAUAUAAUGAUCCUUCUGAUUCAAAAGGUAGUCCUAAAAUUGUUGAAAAGUGUGUAUGAAUCAUGUAAUUGUCUAAUUGACAGCAUCCAAUAAGGUUAUGUUUUCUCUUCAUUGGGUUGAUAUAUUAAUCCAAGCUCUAAUCGGAUCCAAUCCAC